GAUUGGCGGACACAGUGCAGUUUACAAAAGAGUCGCCCUAAUCAGUGCACGGACAGUUGGAAAACACAAUGUGUUCAUAAAUGUGUGUGAAAUAACGUUAUCAGAUUCCACUUUAGUUAUCAGAAUACUUGUGGCUGUAAGGCACGGACCAAGGAACCGUGCGGUUGUUUUUAUAGUUCUUUUGACGAGAAAAAUAGAUGAGGGUGUUUAGAAUGAGGAGUGUGACACCCGUGGAAAUGAAUGCGAGCGUGGGUGCCGCUAAAACGGAGACGGAGUACAACAUGAAAUCUAUCAGGUGUCUCCUGAUGAUCAUCACGGCCAUGUUCAUUGUGGUAGGAGGUCUGAUGAUAGUGUUGGGUAUCUCAGUAUACUCUCAUUUCCACAGCUUCUCCUCAUUCUACGAGAGUGGAAUGAUCCGCAUGACACCAUCGACCCUCAGCGUGUUUAUUGGCUUGGCUCUACUGAUCAUAUCCAUCUUCGGGUUCUUCGGCAGUUUGAAGCUGAGCACUUGCAUGGUCAACGUGUAUGCAGUGAUCUUAAUGCUGGUGUUCAUUGUCAAACUAGUUGUAGUAAUACUUGCCUUCACUACGACUGGAUAUGAAAUAUGGAGACAUAUCAACGUACCUGUUCACAUGUACAGCGAUCCUGAGGUCCAGGAAGAAAUAGAUAUGCUGCAAUCUAGCUUCAGUUGCUGCGGCAGUUACUCCUACAUGGACUACUUGGACGUGGUGUUUGGGCCCAACCAGCCUACACUGCAGGCGUCCAUGAUAAUUGAUGGGGACCAGGUCAGCAUGACCUUACCUAGAACAUGCUGUCUAACAAUCGAUGGAAAUUUCUGUCAACGUGUAUCAGGGAUCGGAUGCAAGGAUGCACUAGUAAACGCUAUGGUGCAGAACUCGACUGUCAUCGGUGUUCUUGGAAUAUCUGUGAUGUUUAUCAAUUUACUCGGCAUAAUAUUUGCUCUACUCCUGGCACGUAGUAUCCGCAAACUGAAGAGUGUCAGAGUUUUGCUCGCGUGGAAAGUUCGAGAGAGGGUUAUUGUAGCACGACAGGCCGAGGAAAGGCAGCAAACUGAGGCAAACCAAGUCUACAUCGACCCUCAGUCAUCAAGCACAGCAUAAUUUGGAAGACAUAUUUUAUAGGAUUUAUUUUGCAUUUACUUAUUAAGGUAAUCAUUAGGCUGUGAAGAAUCGCCUAUCAGUCGUUUAAUCAAGUUUUUUUUACAUAUCACUGACAUUUUAAGUAGUUAUAAGGUAUUUUAGACUAAGGCGCAUGUAUCAAUUAUAUAAUCAGUUUCUGAAAUUCUUCAAUCUAUAAGUCCACCUUUUGUAUAAGAGUGUGUCCACAUCUAGCGAAUGCUCUGCGAAUGCGCAGCUCGCGAGCGGCACAUUCGCCAGAUGUGGACGCACCUUAAGACACUCAAUUCUAUAAUAGGUAAGUAGUAGAACAUGAUUACUUAUCACUGAUGGUCAUAACACUUUGUAUUUGUCAAUCUAUUAUUGUUUAAUAUACGUUUACAAUUAA